GCGGGCGCCGAGCACAGCACUUCACGUCACUUCACUUCGGACACACGACUGACGCCCCGCGAUGAAAGCAGCAGUGGAAAAAGCAGUGCGGUUCAUCACCCGCCUGGUGAACCGGCACGAGAAGCUGAACAGUUGGCAGGUGGAGUAUUUCGGCGAGUGCCUGACCGCGAUCCUGUGUGAGCGCUACACUGAUCAUUGGUACCCAGAUAAACCCCUCAAAGGACAAGCCUACAGGUGCAUCCGGAUUAAUCAGAAUCAUCCUGUAGAUGAGUCGCUCCUGAAAGCUUGCCAAGAAUCCGGCCUGGAUUACUCGGAGUUGGCGUUGCCUCGGGAAAUCACCAUCUGGAUUGACCCUGACGAGGUCUGUUGUAGGCUUAGGGAGAACAGCCGCCACUUCCAGGUGAAAGACGAGGAGCCCCGCAGCGGGAAAGCCAGUCCGGAGCUGGUCACGUCGGACUACCAUUCUGAGUCUCCCUCGGAGUGCUCGUCGGAGGACGAGGGGAUGGCCAGGGCUUCGACAAGUGAACCGGAGAGGAGCAAGGCCAAACAGGCUACUCAGUAUUACUACAAUACCCCGUCUCCUCUCUGGAUCCCGCACCCUCAGAUGGUGGUCAGCUACAUCCCCGCCUACCAGCCCGUCACCUUCUAUUACAUACCACCGGCUACUGUCCCAAAACCGCCGGUCACCAGGAAACCCAACCCGAACCUGGUGAAACGCCUCACCAAGCGGGCCUCCAAAGUAUGAGGGUUGUGGGGAGGUGGAGGAGAGAAAGUGAGGCCAGGUGGAGCCUGUGGUUCCUGAUCACAUGCCUCAAGCAGAGUUGUGCGUGUUUCAGGGUUGGGGGGUGGGUCACCUUGUUUCCAUGGUGCUAAACGACUGUAGCAUUCAGAUUGUGUAUAUUACUUCGCACUUGAUCGUGCACUUGGAACCGGAAGCCUGGGUUUUAACAUGGGUCUGGCAGAGGAAAAGAAAUUGGGACUAGGACACCUGGGUUCUUUUCUCUGCUCUGGAAGGGAAAAGGGUGUCUAGUAGUUAGAGCAGUCUAGGCAGGGGAGCUGGAUUUAACAAAGUUUCUAUUAUUAAGCUCUUGGAGAGGAUUGAGGUUUAGUGGGAAAGAAUUCUCACCCCUUCAGCCAUUUCCUUUUCUCCAAACAUUUUAGCGCUUCUGUAAAAAUGGCAUAAUAAUGGAAACUUUGUAUAUUCUGCACUUUAAAAAAUAACAAGAAAACAGAAAUUCUGCUGCUGCCAAAGAGGGGAUAACCAUUGUUGACCUCUGUUAAUUCAUUGUACAUUUGCAUAUGCUGGCUUAUUUUGCAUAACUUAUUCUGCUUCUGCGGGGCAAAGAUGACUAGAGCUAUGUGUCCCCUGUCUGUGGCUGCUCUUCUUUCUGCCUGCCCCAUCAUUUCCAGCCUCUGAAAUUUCUCCCAAGUAUUUCCCUUGCACUUCCAGUUCUUUUAUUUUUACAACUUUAAGGGCUAUAAAAUAUUUUUUAAUUAGAAUGCCAAAUGUUGUAUCCAAAAGCCAUUUCUAUGCUUGCCACAGUGGGCUCUGGGAAUACCCACAGCUGCAAAGAUAAUACUUACCUACCUCAAGCAAUGCUGAUGUAAAGAGGAGUGAGCAAGGGAGAGUUUAACUAUUAUAUUUUGAAGGAUUUUUGGAGCUUGACUUGAAUGACUUGUUGUUGGGCAAAGUAUUAUUAUUGUUAUUAUUAUUAUUAUUAUUAUUGUUGUUGUUGUUAAUAAUAAUAGUUAAUAUAUAUCCUGUAAAUAACAAUUGCGAGCUUUUUAAUUUAUGGAAUGCGCUUAGUUGUGUAAAUAUCUUACCUGCAGCUUG